GGUGGAUGUUCAAUACUUUGCUAAAGGGAGUGCCGUCCACGAGAUUGAGGAUGUCGUUAACAUAUCGCCCAGAAAGUUAAAUCAAGUUCCUGUUUCGGAUCCGGCACCUGUCGAUUUAUCUACCCCUCAAGUGGAACUGGUGAUGCCGAAUCAUUAUUUCUCGUGCUUGUCUAGAUCGGAUUUGUGUUUAAAGAUGAGCUGAAUUUUACAUGGAAAUUUGCUUUAUCCAUAAAGCUGAAGUACCCCCAUUCCCCAUGGGAUCACAUAUUGGAUUGAUUGACUAAAAAGAAUAGUCUAAGUCAGUUUUGCCCUUUUACUUUAGUUAAUUUAGAGCAUCUGUAUGAUCAUUUUUAUCUAUGCUGAACAUGUUAUGACUGAUGGAAAUGAUGUACUAUUUUGUUGUAGCCGUUGGAAGAUCUUUGAACUUUGUCUUGUGUGCAUAAAGUAUGAUUUUAGGAUAUAAUUUUAGCCCUUGCAAACUCAAGCUUCAUUAUUUAGCAAUUCGAUAAUUUAAUAACUUUAGAAUUGUUUCUCCAUGUAUGUAAUAAAAAACUGGUAAAUUGCUAUGUACCUCUGUUCAAUGAACUCUGCAUAUUUGUAGACUUUAGUGCUUGUGAGGGAUGAAGUGUUAUUGUGAGCAUCAUUGAUACUAUGCAGGAAACGAAAAACUUAAAAUCGAUCCACACCCUUUUUUGUAGGAUUUUAAAUCUGCCGAGAAAAUUCCGGAUGUGUGUCUUGAGAAUACAAUCUUUCAAUUUGUUCCCAGCAUCCGUUCUGGCAGCUUUGCUGACAUUGGGCCAAGAAGAUAUAUGGAAGAUGAGCACAUACGGAUAGAUGAUCUGUCCACACACCUCGGUUCCCUUUUCAAGUUUCCUAAGCCAAGUGCUUUUUAUGCGGUUUUUGAUGGUCAUGGAGGACCUGAAGCAGCAACUUAUAUUAGGAAAAAUGCAAUCAGACUCUUUUUUGAAGAUGUUAAUUUUCCCCAAACAUAUGAAGAUGAUAAUAUCUUCUUGAAAGAGGUCGAGAACUCCCUUCGGAAAGCAUUUCUUCUGGCUGACCUAGCUUUGGCAGAUGACCAUAGUGUGAGCAGUUCUUCCGGGACAACAGCACUUACAGCUUUUAUAUUUGGAAGGCUAUUAAUGGUGGCCAACGCUGGUGAUUGCCGAGCAGUUCUCUCUCGGAAAGGAGAGGCAAUAGAUAUGUCUCAAGACCAUAGGCCUAUUUAUCCGUCAGAACGAAGGCGUGUUGAAGAACUGGGUGGGUACAUUGAUGAUGGAUAUCUCAAUGGUGUUUUAUCAGUUUCUCGAGCCCUUGGGGAUUGGGACAUGAAAAACCCUCGAGGUGCUCCUUCUCCCCUCAUUGCAGAGCCAGAGUUCCAACAGAUGGUUCUCACAGAGGAUGAUGAGUUUCUCAUAAUUGGUUGUGAUGGGAUUUGGGAUGUAAUGUCCAGUCAGCAUGCUGUUAGCCUUGUCCGUCGUGGGUUGAGGCGGCAUGAUGAUCCAGAUCAGUGUGCUAGGGACCUUGUAAUGGAGGCCUUGCGCCAGAACACAUUUGACAAUCUGACGGUGAUUGUUGUCUGCUUCUCCUCCCUUGAAAAUAGGGAGUCAUCAUCACCACCUAGGCAACGGAGACAGAGGUGUUGUAGCCUCUCUGCAGAAGCCUUGUGCAGCUUAAGAAGCCUGUUGGAUAGCAGUGGCAGCCGUUGAAUGUGCAUAGCAUAAUUUUUAAAUAAAUCCCCUUUUUGGAGGGUGAAUAACUGUUUCUGGCUGCUUCAGUUUAACGCUAGAAAAAGCAGCCGGCAUUUUUGUAGGUGCUCUGAUUUUUCAAACAGCAGGGUGUGAGUUGGAUGGAUGUAUAUAGCUGGUGGCUGGUGGGUGGGUGCUGAGAGUGAAAUGCUGUAAUUUAUGACGUGUUCAUCGGGGGGACUUAUUUAUUCUAAUGGUCCAUUAUUGUUGUCCAUUGCGCUUAUUCUGUUUUCAAUUGUGUACGCUCAUGUAUAUAUAGUUUGAAUAAAAGAUCUUGAUUUUUGCUUCCA